AUGUGCAAUUCAAAAGUCGAAAGCAGCACAGAGCUAACUCUGACAUGGCAGAAUGAACAGAGAGCUCUGGGCUGUUCUUGGUCAGUUAUAUUUGUGGAUCUCGAUGCUCACAAUCGCAACAGGCAAACUUUGUGUUCACUGUUACCCAGAGAAUCAAGAUCGCAUAACACAGAUGCUGCCCUGCUCCCAUGCAUCACUUAUCCUGCAUUUGCCCUGGAUGAUGAAGUUCUGUUCAGCCAGACACUUGAUAAAGUCAUUAGAAAAUUAAAAGGAAAAUAUGGCUUUAAGCGUUUCUUGAGAGAUGGGUAUAGAACAUCAUUGGAAGAUCCCAACAGACGCUACUACAAACCAGCUGAAAUUAAGCUAUUUGAUGGCAUCGAAUGUGAAUUUCCCAUCUUUUUCCUUUACAUGAUGAUUGACGGAGUCUUUAGAGGCAAUCCCAAACAAGUAAAGGAAUAUCAAGAUCUUUUGACUCCAGUACUUCAUCAGACCAUGGAAGGAUAUCCUGUCAUACCAAAGUACUAUUAUGUGCCAGCUGACUUUGUAGAAUAUGAGAAAAGAAAUCCUGGUAGUCAAAAGCGGUUUCCUAGCAACUGUGGUCGUGAUGGAAAACUGUUUCUUUGGGGACAAGCCCUUUAUAUCAUCGCAAAACUCUUGGCUGAUGAGUUAAUUAGUCCUAAAGACAUUGAUCCUGUCCAGCGCUACAUUCCACUACAGAAUCAACGGAAUGUGAGCAUGAGGUACUCCAAUCAGGUAAGGAAAUAUUGUGCUUCUUAA